ACUUGGACACAUUCGUGAAUCACAUAAAAAUGAAGCCGCAUACAAAAUAUAGCCAAAACGGAAGUUACGGCUCAAACACAAGGCUAGUUCCGUAAUUACACAAUCUUAAUUUCCUCAGUCCUAUAAGAUCGUCGUCCUUGGUCUUUGGAGCCCAUCCACUUCCCCGCGACCUUUCAUCUUAGUCUUCUCAUUCCACAUAUCUCGCCGGAGAUUCGCCCGAAAAAAGUUAACAAUGUCCGAAAAGAGCAAGAUUCUCAUCAUCGGCGGCACUGGCUACAUCGGAAAGUUUAUCGUCGCUGCCAGCGCUAAGUCCGGUCACCCUACCUUCGCUCUCGUCAGAGAAUCCACAGUUUCGGAGAAGUUUGAAAUCAUUGAGAGUUUCAAGAGCUCUGGCGUGACUUUGGUUUAUGGAGAUCUAUACGAUCACGAGAGUUUGGUGAAGGCGAUCAAGCAAGUAGAUGUUGUGAUCUCCACGGUUGGCCACGCACAGUUGCCGGAUCAAGUGAAGAUCAUUGCUGCCAUCAAAGAAGCUGGAAAUGUUAAGAGAUUCUUCCCAUCAGAGUUUGGAAAUGAUGUGGACCGUGUCCAUGCUGUUGAGCCAGCAAAAACAGCAUUUGCAACUAAGGCUCAAAUCCGCCGCACUAUUGAGGCUGAAGGAAUUCCCUACACCUAUGUAUCCUCCAACUUCUUUGCUGGCUAUUUCCUUCCUUCAUUGUCACAGCCUGGAGCCACUACUCCCCCAAGAGAUAAAGUUAUUAUUCUAGGAGAUGGGAAUCCAAAGGCUGUUUUUAACAAGGAGGAUGACAUUGGCACCUAUACCAUCAAAGCUGUGAAUGAUCCUAGAACUUUGAAUAAAAUCCUCUACAUCAGGCCCCCUCAGAAUACUUACUCAUUCAAUGAUCUUGUCUCCUUGUGGGAGAAAAAGAUUGGGAAAACCCUUGAAAAGAUCUACGUACCAGAGGAGCAAGUGCUGAAGAACAUCCAAGAAGCUUCUGUUCCACUCAAUGUGAUAUUAUCAAUCAGUCACUCUGUUUUCAUUAAGGGAGACCACACCAACUUUGAGAUUCAGCCAUCAUUUGGAGUUGAGGCUACAGAGCUAUAUCCCGAUGUCAAAUACACAACUGUGGAUGAGUACCUCAAUCAGUUUGUCUGAGACAUGAACUCUGUUCCUGGCAGUUUUCAUUGUCAUGCUGCACCAUCCUAGUAAAUAAACAUGUGUGGCUCUGUCUUAGGUGGUGUUUGUUUUUUUACUUAAUUCUAAAUAAAACCUUAAUACUUAAUAGUAUUAAAUAUUAGGUUGUUUGUUUUUAUAGUAUUUUAUUUCUAUUAAGUAUUAAAAAGUAAAAAAAAUCAUUGUGUUAUUUUUUCUAUUUAGAAAAAGCCACAUAUUUUGACUUUUUCUGUUUAGUAAAAAGUUUAUAAUAAGUCAUGAAAAAGUAAAAAAACAAACAACCUAAAUUCUAAAACUAAAUGGUGUUCAGCAAAAAACCAAAAAAACAAACACCAUCUAAGUCUUUGUUGUGUGGAAAAUAGUGGGGGCUUUCAUUGGCCAUGCCACUGAGCAUAUUCUGUAGCAGGAUGAUGUGCUUUUAUGAUCUUGUGCCGAUCGAUGUUUAUGAAAUUAUAUUUUUCUUA